UAGGUGGGAAACAGAAUUUCCAUUUUCGAAGUUGGCUCUAAAUCACGCCACACUUCUUCCGAGUGGAGCGAGUUAUAGGGCAGGACUCACUUCACUCUUCUCUUCUCUUCCCGCCCAAAACCCUUCUCCCUCUCUCCCGGGUGCGGACAGCUAGGGUUCAUCUACAAUGGCUCCCUCCGAUGAUAACACUAGUAAUAAUGAAACGAAGAUAGUAGAAUUAGAAGAUGAGAUUGAAGGAGGAAACGUGGGCAACACCGAUUACUACUUCGACAGGAUCGGCGAGCCCGUGCCGAUCAAAACCCAUGACUCCAACUUCGAUGUGGAAAGCCCUCCCUCUCAGCCCCUCGCCGUCUCCGAGCUCCACGGUCUCAUCUUCGUUGCCCAUUACGGUGGAUUUUGUGUUGCUAGGACCAAGGACGUUAUUGCCUCGGCCAAGGAUAUCAAGGACAAGGGAAGCGGCUCUUCUAUUCAGGAGUUGAGUGUUGUGGAUGUGCCCAUCGGCAAGGUUCACAUCUUGGCUAUCUCCGCCGAAAAUUCUACCCUCGCUGCUUGUAUUGAUCGAAAUGUCUAUUUUUUCCCUCUUAAUUCGCUUCUCAAUAAGGAACUUAGACCAUCUUUCUUAUGUUCACUCGAUGAAUCAAGCUUUGUCAAAGAUUUUAAAUGGAGAAAAAAGGCAGAACGUUCUUAUGUUGUUCUUUCAAAUUCUGGGAAGCUAUAUCAUGGAGUGGUUGAUGGGCCAUUUAAAGAUGUAAUGGACAAUGUCGAUGCUGUUGAAUGGAGUGUAAAAGGCGAAUUUGUUGCUGUGGCAAGAAAAAAUGUCCUUAGCAUUCUCUCUUCAAGAUUUGAGGAGCGGUUGUGCAUGUCACUAUCAUUCAAGUCAUGGAUUGGAGAUUCAAAUGUGAACUGCAGUGUAAAAGUGGAUUCUAUCAGGUGGGUUCGUCCUGAUUGCAUUAUUCUAGGGUGCUUUCAACUUACUGCCGAUGGCAAAGAGGAAAAUUACCUUGUCCAAGUUAUCAGGAGCAAUGAUGGCAAAAUUACUGAUGGUUCUUUCGAGCCAGUUGUGGUAUCAUUUUAUGAUUUGUUUCUAGGUUUUGAUGAUGACAUUUUGCCCUUUGGAAGUGGACCGCAUUUAUUCUUGAGCUAUUUAGAACAAUGUGACCUCGCAAUUACUGCUAACAGGAAGAAUACAAAUAGGCAUAUUGUGUUGCUUGGUUGGUCACUAGGUGAUGAGAUAAAUGAAGUUGCAGUUCUCGAUAUUGAACGAGAAAAAUGGCUACCGAGGAUUGAGCUUCAAGAAAAUGAUGAUGAUAAUUUGAUCCUGGGGCUUUGUGUUGACAAAGUUUCACUCUAUGAGAAAGUGAAAAUCCAACUUGGAGUUGAGGAACGUAGAGAGCUCUCACCAUAUUGCAUUCUUCUAUGCCUUACUCUGGAAGGCAAGCUUGUCAUGUUCCAUGUGGCCAGUGUCCGAGGAACUUCAGUUCCACCAGAGGUUAUUGCUGCCUCUUCUGAUGAGGAAAAGGAGGAAGGGGAUGCUAAUACAAUGGUACCUGCAGAAUGUCAUAUAUCCAAACCUUCACUUGGAUUAGAUAAACCAGAACUAGAGCAGGCGUCUCCGGGUUUUCAUUUCGGGGAUGUGAACAGCAAGGAACUUAAAGAAGAUAGCGAGAUUUCUACCAAAAGUGAUCCAAAUCCUUUUUCAGUGCCUCCUGUUGCCAAUCCUGUAUCCCUCAAAGAAAGUAAUUCUAAAAGCUGGAAAGUUGAAUCCCAAGUAAAUUCAGAGUCCUUUGAAACUGAUAGGCAAUGUGUUGUCCCUGUCACGCUGUACCAAGAUGCAGAUGGGCAACAAAUACAGCCUUUCAGACAGCAAAGCACAAAAUUAGACCAAUCAUCUUUGGCAGGUUCCUUUAACAUGUGUAGUGACUUAAGCAAGAUGGGAAAUCAAGAAAUUGCAGAUCUUGGAUCUAGCACUUUUGUAGGAAGAAGUCCUGCUGAUACCCCUGGUCAAUCAAACCACAAAAAUUUACAAGACAGUAUUGGGCUGCGUAAGGAAUCACCGGGAAAUAUUGGAUCAACUAGCUUACAGAGUGCUUCAUCUCAGUUGGGGUCAAGCAGAAAAUUCAUAUUUCCAAAAGAGAGUAAUACAAGAUCUUCAUUUUUACCUUCAGGUUCUAUUCAAGGCAACCAAACUGAAAACUCUGGCCUCAGUUUUGAUGCUGCAAAUGUUUCUGGAGGCCUAGCUGUAAAACCUUUUCGUUUAAAGGAUUCCUCCAAUACAUCUACUUCAAUCAAUUUUUCUGGUGGACCAGUUCAGGGUGGGGCACAGAGAACAUCAACAGGGACAGGGAAUAUUGAAUCAUUAUCUUCGCUUCGCAGCUCACAAAUGUCAGCACAAGAAAAUUUUGCUUUGCGAAAGUCUCCGAACCAUAAGCUUCAUCCUUCCAAGGAAGAUUACCGAACUCCACCCCUGUCAGGCAUGCUGAACUCUGAACCAAACUUAUCGAAACAGUUUGGAAAUAUAAACGAGAUGACCAAAGAGCUGGAUACACUUUUGGAAUCUAUAGAAGCAGAGGGUGGUUUCAGGGAUGCUUGCACCAUUUAUCAUAAAAGUUCAGUUGAAGCAUUGGAGCAAGGCCUGAGGACCCAUUCUGACAAAUGCAGAAAAUGGAAGAGUAUAAUGGAUGAACGACUUGGAGAGAUCCAACAUCUUCUUGAUAAAACUGUACAAGUUUUGGCAAGGAAAAUAUACAUGGAAGGCAUUGUUAAACAAGCUUCUGAUAGCCACUAUUGGGACCUCUGGAAUCGCCAGAAGUUGAGUUCUGAAUUUGAGCUGAAGCGGCGGCAUAUAUUACAAAUGAAUCAGGAUUUGACCAAUCAAUUAAUUGAAUUGGAAAGGCAUUUCAACAGCCUCGAGGUCAAUAAAUUUGGUGAAAAUGGUGGCACUCAUGUGGGUCAGAGAGCUUUACAGAGUAGAUUUAGGCCUUCAAGACAAAUUCAGUCAUUACAUAGUUUACAUAGCACAACAAGUUCACUGUCAGCAGCUGCUGAGCAACUUUCUGAAUGUCUCUCCAAACAAAUGGCAGUUCUGAGUAUAAAGUCGCCUGCAAAACGACAAAAUGUAAAAAAAGAGUUGUUUGAAACAAUAGGGAUCCCUUAUGACGCCUCUUUCAGCUCUCCAGAUGCAGCCAAAGUUAGUGAUACCCCUUCAAGUAAGAAACUCUUACUUUCUUCUGGUUCUGCUGCUGCUAAAGAUCAGUCCAGGGGAAACCAAUUGAGUGCUAUGAAGAGUUAUGAACCAGAAACAGCAAGGAGGAGGAGAGACUCGCUAGAUCGGAGUUGGGCUAGUUUUGAGCCUUCAAGAACAACUGUUAAAAGGAUCCUUUUGCCAGAAUGCCAGAAGGAAAGCAUGAGUGGGUCAUCUUUUUCUAUGAAUAAGCAGCAUUCUACCCCUCGCAUGCUGGAUGAUUCAGCAUUUGCUCGCCCACCAGAUCACACAAACCCUCUAACCUUCUUAUAUUCAUCUCCAAAUAAAGCAGGCAUUCAGGAUACAUCAACAAAUCAAGCCUCUAAGAGCACAAAUCAAUUCACAUGUGCAAAUGAGCUUCCGGCACCAUCACAAACUGUGGGGCCAAAGUCUCCUACAUUGCAAAGACACAAUAUUUCAGCAUUGUCAUCUCUGCCAGCAUCUCAGUUUUCACCUGUAACAGGGAAAUAUCACACAAGGGAAACUUGCGAUAUGGCCACAGAAAAUUCCUUAAGUGGGAUGACUAAUAAGCCUGGUUCAGUUCCAAUAAAUGAAGCUAAGUCAAUGCUGCAGUCCGAGACUAAUCGACAUCAGAAACCAUUAAUACCCACAAUGUUAUCCACACAAGCACUGUCAUUGCCAAAGAAAUCCAGUGGAAUCUCACUUUUUGAAUCUGAGGAAAAGCAUGACUCUCCAUCCUCUUCCACAUUUGAUGUGCCGGCAGCUCCCAGCCUAAGCAGAAAAGUUCAGCUUGAUGCUCCUGUGGGCAGAAGCCAGCCUGGUGAAAAUGUGUUACUUUCUCCUAUAUUUCCUGUGUCAGUUUCAGCUCCCUCAUCUCCAAUGAUCAAUUCCAUGACAGCUCCUCCCUCUUCAUUAUCUACUCCAACUGUGCCUACCUCUUCAUCUUCAGUUCAACUAAGCAGAUCUUUCACCACUUCUAAUUCAAGUGCAGAUCCUAACCAAGCAGUCUCAACGUCCUCCUCAUCAACUUCCACUUCUCCAAUUGCACCCUCUGGUUCCUUUUCCUUGGAGGCUUCUAAAACAUUGGCGCGCUCAAAUACUCCUUUAGCGUCCAACUCCGAGUAUCCUAAGACAGAGCCUCCCAUGGCCAAAUUUAGUUUAGAAACAGAUACAGAUGCUAGCACACAAGCACCACCUAUGCAGUCUGAGGCUUCCAAGGGUGAAGUUAAAUCGAAGCUUGAAGCUUCAAGAAUAGCUGGUCCUACGGUUGAUAUUUCAACGAGUCUGGCAUCUGGAAGCCAGCCCAGUUUCAGCAACAUGGCAAAUCCUACACUUAAUGUCUCAUUGAAUGCUCAACCAGAACAGCCAUCUGCUGCACGUGUUCUGUUCCCAACACCACUCUCAACUUCUGGGAGCGCAGCUGGUGAAAAGAACGAAAGUCUGGAUGUUGCAGUAACAGAAGAGGACGAGAUGGAGGAGGAGGCUUCUGAGACAAGUAACACAGCUGAACUUAAUUUGAGAAGCCUUGGUGGGUUUGGAAUCGGCUCAACUCCCAAUCCAGCUGCUCCUAAAUCAAAUCCAUUUGGUGGUCCAUUUGGUAAUGUAGUAUCAAGUCCGAUGAGCUCAGCAUUUAACAUGACAAUUCCUAGUGGAGAGCUGUUUCGCCCUGCAUCUUUUAGCUUCCAAUCUCCCCACUCUUCACAACCAUCUCAGCCAAUGAGUUCGACUGCAUUCUCUGGUGGCUUCGGUACUGGGAUGAAUGUUCAAGCUCCAACUCAGACUGGGUUUGGCCAGCCGGCACAGAUUGGAUCGGGGCAGCAAGCACUGGGAUCAGUUCUUGGUGCUUUUGGACAGUCAAGACAGCUUGGUACUGGUCUACCGGGUGCAGGUUUUGCGUCUCCCAGCGGUUUUGGUGGUGGCUUCCCUGGCACUAGUUCAAGUGGUGGGUUUUCAAAUGCAUCUCCUGGAGGUGGAUUUGCUGGUGUAGCAUCUCCUGCCGGUGGGUUUGCUGGUUUGGCUUCGGCUAGUGGUGGGUUUGCUGGUGCGACUUCUGGGGUUGGGGGAUUUGCAGGUAUGGCUUCAGCAGGCGGUGGGUCUGGCGGCACUGCCUUAGUUGGUGGGCUCCCUGUGGCAGGUGGUGGAUUUGGGGCCUUCAGCAGCCAAGGUAGUAGUGGUUUCUCUCCUUUCAAUGGCAGCACAGGAGGAGCUGGAAAACCUUCUGAGUUGUUCACACAGAUGAGAAAAUAGUUUUGCCGUAUUAUAUAUAGAUAAAAGCUCAUGGGGAAGCUUAAUUUGAUCACAGCAGUCAGAUUCCAAUGAAGACAAUUAUAGAACAACCCCCUAAAUAUAUAUAUAACGAGAGACUCGCUGGGCCAUAGGCUUCCCUGUCGUAUCAUGGUAUGUACCAUAAGAUUCCCAGUUAUGUACAAUGAUAUGGCUUUCCAGAGGUUAAAGCUUCUUUUCUUUCUCGAAUAUAUGUAACUGGCUAAUUUAGUAGGUCGAAGCGUGUGACAAUGAUUGUUUUUU